CCCCCCCCCCCGCCCGCGGGUCACGUGAGGCGGCGGUCACGUGACGGAGCGAUGGGGACGACGCUGGACGUGAGGGUGAAACGCGCCGGGAAAGUCUAUCGGGAUGGGGAAAUCCUCUCUGGGGUGGUGGUGAUAACCAGCAAGGACACGGUGCAGCACCAGGGGAUCUCCUUGACCAUGGAGGGCUCGGUGAAUCUGCAGCUCAGUGCCAAAAACGUGGGGGUGUUUGAGGCCUUCUGCAACACUGCCAAGCCCAUUCAGAUCAUCAGCAGCACCAUUGAGAUGGUGAAACCAGGGAAGCUCCCCAGUGGCAAAACAGAAAUUCCCUUUGAAUUCCCUCUGCAGAUGAAGGGCAACAAGGUUCUGUAUGAGACAUACCACGGAGUCUUUGUCAACAUCCAGUACACCCUGCGCUGUGACAUGAGGCGUUCCCUGCUGGCAAAGGACCUGACCAAGACCUGUGAGUUCAUUGUCCACUCCCUGUCACAGAAAGGGAAGCUGCUGCCCAGCCCUGUGGACUUCACCAUUACUCCUGAAACUCUGCAAAAUGUCAAAGAGAGAGCCUCCCUGCCCAAGUUCCUGAUCAGAGGGCACCUGAACUCCACCAACUGUGUGAUCACGCAGCCGCUGACGGGGGAGCUGCAGGUGGAGAGCGCCGAGGCGGCCGUCAGGAGCAUCGAGCUGCAGCUGGUGCGCGUGGAGACGUGCGGGUGUGCUGAGGGCUAUGCCAGGGAUGCCACGGAGAUCCAGAACAUCCAGAUCGCCGACGGCGACGUCUGCAGGGGCCUCCCCAUCCCCAUCCACAUGGUGUUCCCCAGGCUCUUCACCUGCCCCACCCUGGAGACCACCAACUUCAAAGUGGAGUUUGAAGUGAACAUCGUGGUGCUCCUGCACGACGACCACCUCAUCACAGAGAACUUCCCCCUGAAGCUGUGCAGGAUGUGAACGGCCACAGGAGCAGCAGGGAGGAUUUCCUGGGAAUUCUUCUGAGGGAAAGUGGAACUUUGUCCAUGCCUGACUCCAGCUGGAGCCACCUCACUCCUUUCUUGUGCUUCCACUUCCCUGUUAACCUGACCAAGACUUUGCCUCUCUGCAUUUCCCAAUCCUGCUGCCUUCAACAACCAUGUUUUUCCCAUUUUUUUUUCAGGAAAAUCCUGAAGGAAUCAUUCUGUAGCUUUCUACAGCUUGUAGAACUAUGGAGCAAGUUCCUCUCUUGGCCUAAUUUUGUAAUAUUUGUUCUAAAGUCCUUUGAAGCCCCCUUAAAACUCAUAAAUCCCAUUCCAGCCACACUGGGAGGGUGUGGGAAUUGUGACAGAAUGAGCAGUGAGGACUUUGAAGGUCUAAAAAAUGGUGCUACAGCUCUGGCAGGUGGUGCUGUGGGAUCUGGCCCAAGGUGGGUGGGAAAUGAGUGAUUUCAAAUCACACCAAGGAAAUUUUGGUGUUGGAGAAAUUCAUUAAUGUGUUUGUGACUGUGCAGCUUAAAGGAAGAUUAAUUCAGCAAGAAAUACCCUUCCCAACACAAACAGGCUGUAGAUUAUGAUGUUGUUUUCGUGGAACAGCCACAACUUGUGGAUUUUCCAAUAAUUUUCCAUGUGGGGCAGAGGCAGGCUCAGGCUGUAUUAUGGAAAUUGGAAGUGUAAAGAUCAGCACCUAAAAAUGCAGAUUUGAGAAAACUGAGAAAAAUAAUUUCCUUUAGUUUGUCCAGCAGGAGAAGGUAAUUCCAGUUUGGGCCCUGGCAUUUCAGGGAGAAAAAAAAAAUGAAAUUUUUUUCACUUCAUUCAUUUCAAUGUCUGGGAAGGGGGAAGGAAAUGGUGUUUACUGAAAAUGGUGUUUACUGAAAAUGGUAUUUACUGAAACUCAGCACUUUGCCCUGAGACCAGGGGAAUUUGGGCAGGAGCUGCAGCCCCCCAGAAAUACAGGAAGCUGAAAAGGAUUCCAGUGCUGGAAUUUUUAGUCCUUUUUUCUACAGCAGAGCAGUUACUCAGCCCUAACACAGAGUGAGCAGAAAUACUACACAGAAACAACGUGUUUGGCUGCAGAAGCAAUUUUAUUUUUUAUUGAAGUGGUAAGUAAUACACUGAUAAAUGAGAGAGGAGUUAACAACUUCAGCUGGAGGAGUCAAGCAGUGUGGGGAACAAGUGAUCCCUGGAAUUAGCCAAGGGCUCCUAAUCCAUGUGGUGCUCCCUGGAUUCAGAAUAUUGGGUUUAAUUUCAAGAUUCUCAGGCUCUGGUCCUCACCUUUGGCUGUUUGGGACAAAUUUGUCUGUGUUAAAAGUUCUCUGGCCACUUCAGACUCAUAAAAUAGUGGGAGAAAAUUCCCUGAGCUGUUGGAAUUCUGCCCCUCCUGCUACUGGUGACCAUUUCUGCACAAAGUACAAAGGAACUGUCACUCAAAAAUCCUUUAAAAAUAAUUUUAAAAAAUCCUUCCCAUUUAAACAGACCAGGAGGGAAAUUUCCCUCCUUUUUUAAACAAAAAUGAGGGAAAUUCAAAUUUCAACCUUGAGAUUUAAAAACUGAUCCAAAUGAAGAAUUUAAAAUUCUUACUUCAGAAUGUGACUAAAAGUCAUUUUUUAAACAAUUUGAGUUCUCAGCUGUGGCUUUGUGCAGAGAGAGGAGCUGCAAAGGCCAACCCAGGCUUGAAUUAGACUAUGCCAGAGGGAACGUUUUGAGUUCCAAUUCUUUUGGUCCAUCCUUUGGGUCACCUACUUGUUUGAUACUGGAAUAAAUCUGAGGGAAUGAUGCACUGCUAAAAGGAUUUGGUACUUUCAGUGUCCCUUAGCCAGAAACGCAGCAGUGCUGUGCGCUGCCAGGCAGGAACCAGGAGAAAUCCUGGAUCUUGGAGUGAAACCCCAAAGCGAAGCCAGGGUUGUGUCCUGUCCCCCAGCACUGCUGCAGCCCCUUCCCAGCUGCGAUGGUGCAGGAGGGAGCAGAGGAGGCUCAGCUGGGCUUGUUCCAGGCGGGCAGCUCGGGGAAGUCCUCGGGCAGCAGGGCGUGCACGCGGCAGAUGGGGCAGCUGGAGUGCUGCCUGAGCCACGUCCGGAUGCACUGCGGACAGACGGACAGGGACAGGGUGAACGGGGACAGGAGCCCAGCCGAGGCUGGAGAUGGCUGGCACGCGUGGGGGAGCUCUGCAGGGAGUUCACACAGUGGGGUGGAGCUGUUCUGCUCUGAUGGGAUUUAUUAAAUCAGCAUUGGAACAGAAAAGGUAAAGGGGAAAGGUGGGGUUACUCCAACACAACCCUGGCUGUUUUAACUUCAUGGAUUUCCAUCAGCAGCAGGCAACUCCAGAGGUUUCAGGGAUAAACCAUUCCAGAGUUUUCAGGGAUAAACCAUUCCCUGAGUGUGCUGCCAGCAAUCCCAACCAAAUCCAUUUCUGAAGCAUCAUCAGAAAUCCACUCUGAUGAAUCAUUUCGUUUUAAAAACAACCAAAGCUUUCUGACAGGCUGCCUGUGGGUCAAGGCUGGAAAAGGGAUUGUGCCCUGAGGUUUAGGCACUGAAGGGUCAGGGGAGGGUAAAGGGUUGUUUGUGAGGUGGGGAUCAGAAGCAGGAGCAGAGCUGAAGGGUGAGGGGAGGGAAUGGGGUUGUGUUUGAGGUGAGGAUCAGGAUCAGGAACAGGAGCAGAGCUCACCUCUCUGUGGAAGUGAUGGCCACACUCGAGCUCACAGCAGUCACUGCUCAGCUCAUCGUGACAGAUGCUGCAGGGAUCCUCACUGCAGGCCUGCCCAGGACAGGAACACUCAGAGAUUUCAAAACCAGCAAUUAACCAGCACAUUCUACUCAAUUAACAAGGUCACUAACUUUAACCAAGUCUAUUAAAGCUUUUGUACACAAAAUAAA